AUGGCCGGUGCAAAGGGCUUGAAGCUGCUGGUCCUGGCCCAGGCGGUCGCCUGGGCGGCGGCCUUCAAGCAGCUCGGCAACCUGAAGAUGCCCAACUUGGGGAACGUCGCCAAGGACAUGGAGGCCAAGGCCAAGUUCGGCGCGCCGGCGGCGCCGAAUCUCGUCGUCGUCACGGGCACGUCGAGCGGCCUCGGGCGGAAGACGGCGCGCGCGCUCGUGCGCACGGGCCAGUACCACGUCGUCGGCGCCGUCCGGGACCUCGAGAAGAUGGACGUCGUCGCGGAGAUCGAGGACUUCGACCGGUCCUGCUUCACGGCCAUGGAGGUCGAGCUCAACUCCUUCGCGUCGGUCCGCAAGUUCGUCGCGGAUCUGGACGGCUUCCGCCUCAACAAGCCCGUGGACCGGCUCAUCUGCAACGCGGGCAUCUACCAGCCGUCGCUCCCGCACGCGAAGUGGUCCGAGGACGGCCACGAGCAGACGAUGCAGGUCAACUACCUGAGCCACUUCCUGCUCGUGUCCCUGCUCAUGGAGGACAUGGCGCGCGCGCCGGACCCCAGGAUCGUCCUCGUCGGGUCCGUCACGGGCAACGACAACACCGUCGGCGGCGGCGGCGUCUACCCCAUCGCGGAUUUGAAGGAUUUGGACGGCCUGAAGGCGGGCUUCAAGAACCCCGUGUCCAUGAUCGACGGCUACAACUUCAUCGGCGCCAAGGCCUACAAGGACUCGAAGCUCUGCCUCAUGAUGCUCAGCAACAUGCUCCACGACAAGUACCACAAGCAGACGGGCAUCGUCUUCUCCUCCAUCUACCCGGGCUGCAUCGCCGAGAGCCCCCUCUUCCGCGAGAAGCGGCCCUGGUUCCGCAAGUACUUCCCCGUGUUCAUGAAGUACAUCACGGGCGGCUUCGUCGGCGAGGAGGAGGCGGGCCAGCGUUUGUUCCAGGUCGCGCACGACCCGCGCUGCGCCAAGAGCGGCGUCUACUGGGGCUGGAACGGCGGGCCCCGCGAGGGCCGCGGCGCGGAGGCGUUGGAGAAGGGCGGCCAGAUCGCCGGCGCGGGCGGCGCGGGCGGCGGCUGGGACUCCAUCUUCGAGAACGACCAGUCCGACAAGGUGCUGGACGUGGAGAAGGCCGCGACGCUCUGGAAGUACUCGUCCAUCGUCACGGGGGCUGAGUGGCCCGAGGCGAACCAGCCCAAGUCGCCCUGCCCGACGCUCAAGGUCAUCGGCGCCGUCACGGACUUCAUGAACGCCAAGGAGGAGGCGAAGCGCAUGGGGGACCAGCCGGGCAUGGUCGCGGGCAAGGGCAUCGUCGUCACGGGCGCCGUCGCCAAGGCCGCGGACACGGUCCUCGACAAGACCGUCUUCCGCCUCCUGCGCCUCGCGCAGCGCCUGCUGCUCGGGAAGAUGCCCGACGCGGCGACGGACGGCUCGUUCCAGGCGACGGAGGCGCGGCGGCGCACGGGGGGGCUGUUGGGCAUCUUCCGCCGGUGUCCAAUUCGGGCAGACCGGAGGAUCCACCACUUCUACGAGCGGGAGGAGGCCAAGCUGCGGAUCCGCGAGGAGCUCGAGCUCGAGCUCCGGGCGAAGAUCCAGGACCAGAACGCGGACCGCACGGCCGACGACGACGCCGCGGCGCUCGACGACGGCGCGGCCCUCGAGGACGCGGCCGCGUCCGCGGCCGUCGAGGCCUGA